AUGCGCAACCUCAUCUCAACGGCGCAGGUCCUUCGCCAUGUUUUCGUUACUCCUCUACAAGUCCCUCGAUUCCAACUUCCCCGCCGGGCUUUGGCCCCUUCACUCAACCAAUCCCGACUCUACCGCGCAAGCCCUCGAUCGCCACUAAACCAACAGGCGCAAGGCCAAAAACCCGCCCAGUUGAUGGAUGAAAACAUCGAGGCCAGAUUUAUUCAAGUUGUGAACGAGGAGGGUGGCUUGAAUCCUCCCGCAUUGCUCCGCGAUGUGCUCGGCUCAAUCGAUCGCAAACAGUAUUUCGUGAUGCAGGUGUCUCCUACGCUGUAUGACCGGCCCACCGUCUGCAAGAUUGUGAGUCGACUCGAAAUGCGGGAGCAGGAACGAAAAAAGGCGAAAGCGGCACACGCAGCCAAAGUGUCGACCAAGCAGAUUGAAUUGAACUGGGCCAUUAAUGCGAAUGAUCUCGAGUAUCGGCUGAAGCAGCUGAAGACGUUCUUGCUGAAGGGUCGGAAAGUGGAGGUCAUUCUGACCCGGAAGAAAGGCAAGAGGGCGCCCAAUGUGGAAGAGAUCAAGCAUCUCAUGGACAGCGUGAUUGAGGCCAUCAAGAGCGUGAAGGCCAUACAGGAUAAACCGAUGGAGGGAGUUCCGGGCAAGCACGUUAUUUUUGUGGUGAAGAAGAACGAGGAUGUGGAAUGA